AUGUUGAGAGCGUUUGCCUUUACUGUCCUACUUACAGCUUUGACCUCGUCCCAAGGACAUAGGGGCGAUUACCUCAGAUUUCCAGAUCCCGGAAAUAUUCCGAGAUAUAACCAACGACCCUGCGGCCCCCGAGUCUGUGGCAAAAGUGAAUUUUGUUAUCGCAGCUUUGAGAGCAUUUGUGACUUUAACGAUUACAAUCUGAAAAUGAUAUUGAGUGGCCAGGAAUUGUUUGAAUUGACAGACCCUUCUUAUUGCCGAGCGUCGCCUCCACGGACAAAACUUAUUGAUGUCGGCUACUAUUUCAAUCACCAGAGCUUGUUAGUAGCUCAGUCUCAACCUUUGGCAUUUUCAUCGCCAAUUCCCAGACCUAAUAUUCCCCAAAAUCCAGAAAAUAGCGAACGUUACCACGCAAAUCCGUCCAAUGAUUUUUAUGGGCCAGUGCAACGUCGUGUGCUUCCUUAUCCGGUAUGGCCAUUUAAGCGGCCACAGUCACCACCGAGAAAUCCGCCAGUCAGUUAUCGACCUCCUUAUUGGUACUAUCCAACAAGACGGCCCGAAGUAACCAAACCAUGUUACCAUGAAACUACAACCACGACAAGUGCUCCCAAGACAACCACCACAACGAAGGCAUCUACAACGACGACUACAACUGAACCUUCUACACCAACGAAGGUGGCAUUUACAACCACAACAAUGAGCACUGAAGCCCCCACAACAACAACUACUGGAUCUACAUCAACAACCACAGAGCCAACAACAACCCCAGAGCCAACAACAACCACAGAGCCCACUACAAUCACAGAACCCACAACAACCACGGAGCCCACAACAACUACAGAGCCAACUACAACCACAGAACCAACUACAACCACAAAGCCAACUACAACCACAGAGCCAACUACAACCACAGAGCCAACUACAACCACAGAACCCACUACAACCACAGAACCAACUACAACCACAGAACCAACUACAACCACAGAGCCAACAACAACUACAGAGCUCACAACAACUACAGAGCCAACAACAACCACAGAGCCAACUACAACCACAGAGCCAACUACAACCACAGAGCCAACAACAACCACAGAGCCAACUACAAGCACAGAACCAACUACAACCACAGAACCAACUACAACCACAGAACCAACUACAACCACAGAGCCAACAACAACUACAGAGCUCACAACAACUACAGAGCCAACAACAACCACAGAGCCAACUACAACCACAGAACCAACUACAACCACAGAAUCACCAACAUCCACGGAGCCAUCAACAACAAAUUCUGCAUCCACUACAACCGAAUCUUCAACGACAACCAACACGAGCUCUUCAUCUACAACAAUAACGACAGUACAAACAACAGAACCUUCAACGACCACUACGUUGGUUCCCCCUACAACGACAACACUUGCAGAAUCGUCUACAGUAACAACAACCCCGACUUCCACAACAACGACUUCGGAACCUUCCACAACAUCUACAACAGAUUCUUCAACAAGCACAACAACUACGGUUGCCCCAGUCACGACUACAACAACCACUGAAGCUUCUACAACAACUAACCCGGCGACUGUCAACCCAGUAUUUGUUGAGAUCAGAAACGAGGAUGGACAAAUAGUCGAUUUCGAAAUGGCUGCCAUGGCCGUGAAUCCGGAAACAGGGGAGCCAAACUGCGCGGAGGUCACCAAUGUCCUGAUAACCACAGGAUCAAGGAUCGUAUUCCAGUUCUCUGGGUGUAUUGUGGCGAGUCUUGCCACUGAUCCAACAACCUCGACCAGCACCACCGUACCAACAACAACUCAAAACACUCCGCGCUAUCAGUGGUACGGCGGUUCAUCGGCUUACGCACAGUCCCAAUUUAUAUACACCUAUUAG